UGGAGCUAUCGCAACGAUGGAGAUGACGCAAACAGACCCAGCUCUCCGAAAAAGUGUUACAAGACGAACAUGGCGGCAACUUAACCGCGGUCAAAGAUGACAAUGGCCACCGGGAGGAAGGAUUCUAGACUUUUCGCCCAGGUACGGGACGGAGAAAGCAGUCUGCGUGCAUCGGCAGGGCUCGUCGCUCUCCUUUAAGUCUCUCCUGCCAACCGAGGGGCGGCGGACGCGCAGCAUCAGUUCCGAGAGACUCGCAACAGCUGGUCUCCCCCGCGCCCCACGACGAGAGAACAAACCCCGGAGAGGGACGGUGUGAGGAAGAGAGGGGGGCAUGCGGUCAAAGAGGACGCCGUUUCCCCCCGGAGAGCCAUGGAGAACCGGGAUGCGGCAGCGCGAAGCUUAAUCUGUGCGGGCGCGCUAAUUGGAUCGGAAUAGCACGGAUUCCUGCGGGCGCAAGAAGAGGAGCGCCCUGGACCGCGCGGAGGCACGGGCACCCCACCGAUACAGAGGAGAACCAACCGGAGUCAAUCUCCCCCACAAGUCAAUGAGUAUUGUGGCAGAGAAGCCCCCGCGGUGGAGUCGGCCAGGGCAGCACUCUCCUAAAAUAUGACCAGGGGUGCUUGGAUGCGUCGGCAGCAUGAUGAAGGCUUAAAAUACUGGUUUGCACCCCGAGAGAACGAGAAGCCAUUUACCGAGUCGGAGCGGGCCCAGAGAUGGCGACUGUCGCUGGCCUCUCUGCUCUUCAUCACAGUCCUGCUCUCUGAUCACUUGUGGUUCUGCGCCGAGGCCAAAUUGACACGAACCCGAGACAAGCGGCCGGACGAGGGGCUCGUCACUACGGACAUGGGCGAGUACAAAAAGUCCCUCCACCGACACCCUAUCCCAACAACACCCGACCCCAGCCGCCUCGCCAGAGAGCAAGAUGCUAUUUUUCUAGGGAAUUCUACCAAACCUCUGUGGCGAAUGGACACCUGUCACCCCGACAGCCUGUUCAAAGACUGCUUUACUUUCACGGACGCGCAGACCGUGUGCCUGGGCCUCUCCGAUGGAGGGGACAAGGGGACACAGCUGGCGUACGUGAAUCUGAGCGAUUUGUACCUUUCUUUUUGUAAUUCCUACUCACUUUUGGAUUUGUUUAACGGGUUUACAAAUCUGGACGCUUUGAAUUGCACCCUGGAUAUGAGCACGGGGGAGGGAUGCAGCGAGUGCAUCCGGGCUUAUCAGCGUCUGGACCGGGAGGCGGAGGACAACUACCGGGAGUUUGAGCUGCUGGUUCAGAAAUACGAGACGGAUGUAUACUCGGUCAGGACGUGCAUGGAGGAAUGCAAGAUGGUUUAUAAGCCGUGGCUGUGUUCUCAGUACUUCCAGACCUCCCAGAUGCACUGCAGCAGGAGGAUCCCCUGUGGUCAGUACUGCCUGGAGGUGCAGCAGCGGUGCCCCUUCGUCCUGCCCGACAAUGAUGAUCUCAUUCAUGGAGGCAGCCCCAGUUUUAUAUGCACAGGGCUGCUGGAGGACUACCCAUCAGGCGUGGACCCUAAUGCAGAGUGCUGUGACGUGCGGUGGGACUUGAAAGUGGACAACCGUUCCCGGGGGACCCUGAAAAGAACUCACCCGCCGUGCCAGCACCGUACCUCCCUCAGCUCGUCGGCAGCCUGCAGACUUUGUAACAGCCGGCUCAAACUCUGCCUGCUGGUCCUCGUCCUCCUACAUACUGUCGCCAGCCUCACUGCAUCCCACAAUGCAACAGGACUGGGCCUCCCUGCCAUCACGCCUCUGGAGGAGAGCCCUGCCAACGAGGAGUGAUAGAGGCUGUCGGGAGGCGGAGAGGUUGCCGGGGUGGGGGGAUUCCCUCACCAUGGCAACCGGUGUGGAAAAAUACAGCCACAGUGGUGUGAGCUGCAGGAGCUGUGUGCCUGUGGACGUUCUGCAACGCUCUCUGGCAAAUGGAAAAAACACAGGACGCUUUGGGACGACGAGAUACAUAAAUCAAUCAAAACCAAUAGACAAACAUACAGACACACUAAGGGACUCGAGCAGUCCCUCAGAUAGAAAAGGGGGACAAUGCCACAGCCUUUGUUGAGUGGGAAGGUCGGCUUCCUCAUGGCUGAGUUUGUCUCACUACGCUUUUUACACUGUGUUCAAAUUAUUGGUUUCUGUUGCACUGGCUGACUAUGGAGUAACACAAUCAUAUUCUCUUUCUAAUGUUCAUCCUCCAUGUUUGUUUCUGGGUCUCUCGUACAGGAAGAAAAGCGCUCUCUCUAAAAUACGACGGAUAAUGUGUUAAAAAAUUAAUAAGCUGCAAGUUUGUUUGUGUGUGAGGGUUUGUGUGUUGAUUAACUGUGUGUGUAUGAGCUUGUAUGCGCGCGUGUGUGUGUGUGUGUGCUUGUAUGCAUGUCUCUACACGUGUGUGUAUGACAGGAUGAGUGUGUGAUUAACAGGCAGGUACAGCAGUGAUGUUUUAAGGAGCCACAGAUGUCACUCAGUUCUGCCAUGCUGGUUUUGUUGGCCACAAUCUGACUGGAACUUAACCGGGUUUUCAACAUCAAUCAAUCAAUCAGUUUUUAUUUGUAUAGCGUCAACUCAUAACAAGUGUUAUCUCGAGACACUUUACAAAAAAAAACAUGCCUCUGAUGUCAUAAUAAGCUCUGUGUCUAACACAGGUUUAUGGUUUUCCCCCAACUUUGUUUUGUGAGAUAACUAUGAGCCUAUUAACACUCUAUUAGAGAAUCAAAACCAUGUGUGUGAUUAGCAUCAGUAAAAAGAUAACACCAGGCUAACCAGUGCUCAAAGUCCUCUGAAUGUGUUGCCAGGUCACGGCAGUUACUUGUUGAGUAAACGUUCUUAGAACUGAUGGCAAAAAAAAGCACAAAAUGAACACUCAGAUGUUCAUUAAUCUUCAAGCUAACAUGAAAGAGGUCUAAGCCAUGUGAACAAAAGUCGAGCGUUCUGAUAAAUGGCAUAAUAACGAUUAUUUUAACUGGAUCCUCUGAAAGCUCUGCACAUUAAGCGCUGACUGAUCUUUGUUU